AUGGCCACCAUCGAUUCUCCUUCUCAUCAUCCUCCUCCUCCCACCACCAAAUAUAUCAACCUUGUAGACCCAACAAACCCUUAUAGACUCAAAACCUCAGACAAUCCUGGCACUGUGCUCGUCAAAGAACUCCUUACUGCUGAAAAUUUUUCUACAUGGUCUCGAUCAAUCCAUCAUGCCCUUCGAGCCAAGAACAAACUCGAAUUCCUAAAUGGAACCUUCACCAAACCAUCUGACCCUCGUAACCCGCUUUUUGAGCUUUGGGAAAGAUGCAAUGAUAUGGUUGUAUCUUGGCUACAAAACUCCAUUAGCUUGUCUCUUCGAUCCUCCGUAGCAUUUGUAGAUGAUGCCCAUGUUAUAUGGACCGAGUUACAGGAACGUUUUUCACCACAAAAUGGCCUACGCAUCUACGAACUCAAGAAGACCUUAGCAACUCUUACCCAAGAUGACGAUUUAGUAAACACUUACUACAGUAAACUCAAAACUCUUUGGGAUGAAUUAUGUGUUUAUGAUCCCUUGCAUGUUUGUUCUUGUGGCUCAACCAAGUUUCUUACGGACCGAAACUAG